AUUGCCCUUAUUUUUCUUCGAAUGUUUCAGUGGCUAGACGGUUGCCAUGGCAUGACUUCAUGAAAGUAAUAAUUGUCUACUGCGUAUCUCCGAAAUCUUGGUAGGGGUAGCACUUGUUUAUUCGGGUUGAGAAUUAUCUAAUCGAAAUACUAAUCAGCUCUCCACUUGAAAAUGGUAUAAAAGCGCAACCCGAGCUUUCAUAGUCACUUUUCAGCAGCAACAUGUUCAAAAUAGUACUGGUUGCCGUAUUCGCCGCUCUUGCCGUUGAGGCAAGUCCGAGACUCCGUGUCCAAGUUCCCCAACUAGAUGGAAGAAUUGUGGGUGGAGUCGAUACGACCAUUGAAGAUUAUCCUCACCAAAUUUCGCUCAUGUAUUUCACGAGCCACAUCUGCGGUGGAUCGAUUAUUGCUCGCAACCUAAUUUUAACUGCUGCUCACUGCACUUACGGCCAGUCCGCUCGAGUCCUAAAAGUCCGAUACGGAAGCAGCGUAAUGGACCAAGGAGGCAAAGUUGUUGCCGUUGUUCAGAUCAACGAUCAUCCUAAAUACAAUCCUUCCAACAUCGACUACGAUGUUUCGGUUUUGAAACUAGCAGAAGACGUAGUCCUUUCGUCCAAUGCUCAAAUCAUCGAGAUGGUCUCUUCCAAUACCCAAGAAGGUGGCCGUAACGCUUUCGUAUCAGGCUGGGGAGCACUUUACUCCGGUGGACCCUCACCUAACCAACUCCAAGUCGUUGAAGUCGCAGAAGAAGACAGAGCUGCCUGCAACAGGGCUUAUGGCGGAAAAAUCACCGACAGGAUGAUCUGUUUCAAGAAUCCCGGCAAGGAUUCCUGCCAGGGAGAUUCUGGUGGUGCUCUUGUCUCUGGUGGCGCUCAAGUUGGCGUUGUCUCUUGGGGAUAUGGAUGUGCAGAUGCCAGAUACCCUGGAGUGUAUUCGCACUUAACUGAGGCUGCCAUUAGGGCACACAUUGUAAGUGUGAUGAACUAA